ACACACUAUCCUACACAUUAUCCUACACAUUACUUUCAAGAGAGAGUUAGAUGGGGCUCUUAAAGAUAGCGGAGUCAGGGGAUAUGGGGAGAAGGCAGGAACGGGGUACUGAUUGUGGAUGAUCAGCCAUGAUCACAUUGAAUGACGGUGCUGGCUCGAAGGGCUGAAUGGCCUACUCCUGCACCUAUUGUCUAUUGCGUCAUUGUUUCUCCGACUCAGUGCUCUUGUGAAUGAAUCCCUGACUGACUGCUGUGUCUACUACUGUUGCCUCCACAAUUAGAAUUUCCACAUGAAACCUUCCUGAUCUCUUCAGCAUGCACACACCAGAGGUCGGGGUCGAACUCCGCGCGGCCCUUCCAGCAUUGUUUAUUUCCAGUAAACUUUAGUCAAUGAUCCCGCACACAGCCUUCGGCAAUGUGAUGAAAGUUAAUGAUUAGACGGGCAUCGGGACAACUAACUAGAGCUAUCUGCUGCGGGCUGUAGUCUAUGCAAAGCGUGGGGCGGUGAUCAAACAUAGAUGUUCUCUGGCUGAACAAUGGACCACCUUUGCAUGCCUUUGCAUUUGAAAUGACAAACAGUCGACUGGGAACUCAAUGAACAAGAAUUGGCGCAGUGUCCUGGCAGAACUGAUUGAGCCAGUCACGGAGGAAUUGGUCAAAGAGAAGCGGCUUAUUCACCAGUGCAUUCAAAGCCGGAUCAACAAGUGGAACAAAUGUGGUCUCACAAUGAGCCGGAUGAUGGCUGUGAUGAUGGAGAUACCUAUGAACCACCACCAAUUGAACGCCCCAUGAUCACCCCGACACCUGUCAAAAUGAAUAACAAUAGUGAAUACGUAGAGCGAGCCAUCAGAAGCAAGCCGGUUCCAAGUAUCCCAAUUACUGUUCCUAAACGACCAGUGAAUCUCCCAAAGGAUGAUGACGAUGGUGAAUAUUUGGAGCUGGACAUCGUGGAGAGCCGAGGAAGUAAAAAUAUGCCAGAUCCCCGACCGCUGCCAACCCUCCCUCGAGGUGUACAGCCACAUCCACAGCCAAAGCUUCCUGUUCCUAUUGGGAAAGCGCUUCCUCCGAAACCUCCCUUGUCUCCAGAAGAAGCUGGAAAUCCACCUUUACUGAGCAAAAGAAUGUUCCAUGGUCAAAGUAAAUACGCCAUGCUUGUGCCAACUCCAUUUAUCCAGAGCGGAUCGUUCACAAGAAUGCCAGAAGAUUUUACGGGGAAUAUAAGCACCAGCCCAAUACCUUCUUUGCAAAGUCCUUUUGGAGAGAAUGCCAAUUUACAGAGCAAGCCUUGGUUUACAAUCAAGUGCGAUCGGAAGGCAGCGGAGGUUGCAUUGCAUGAAAACGGCCAGGACGGUGCGUUUCUUGUUCGGCAUAGUUCGGGAUGUAAUGAACACCAACCGUACACAUUAGCUGUGUUGUACGGGAGAAGGGUUUACAACAUUCCCAUUCGCUUUAACGAAAGCAACAAUCACUAUAUCCUUGGGAAGGAAAAGGCAGGAGAGAAGGUCUUUAAAAAUCUUCCGGAAAUGAUUGAGCACUAUCAGCAGAAGUCGUUGGUCCUGAUCAACGAGCAGAACCAAGCUAAAGAUCCCACCUUACUGCUUCACCCGGUGCGACUGUGACCCGCAGGCACGUGGACGUUCUGGCCUGCUCUGAGAUGAAGCCGCAAUGUUGCCGUCUCAGCCGUGCCGGAGCAAGGAACCAUUGGCUUGCCUUCCUGGAGCCAAACUCAGCACCAAUUCAAUCCUUGGUCAUGUGCAAAGCAAGUCCCCGAGGCUGAACCAAUAUUUUUGUACAGCAUGCUUUUCUGGUGAAUAAAAAGUCUCCAUGCA